GAGAGACAGUCAAGAUUGGGCCAUUCUCUUUAGUGUUUGCCCUGUUUUCCCAAUGUCCACCUCCUCACCGCCCGCAUUUUGAGAUAAAACUAACAUAAAACAGACUCUUCAUACAGACUAUGAACCAGAGAAAACAAGAGUAAAUGAAGGUGUACUAUGGAGUAACACAAAACUGAACAAAAGGAACGACGAGGAAGAGCUUGCAUUCAAACCUCGUCAAAAAGCAGUUCCUACAGCCUUGGCAUUCACCAUUGCUUUACUACAAAGUUUUUAUCUUGACCUUAGUCUACAAUUGACUAUAAGCUACACCAACAAGGAUGUCCCAGAUUCAAUUCCAGUGUCCGGCUAGCCCCAUGCCUGUUGCCCCUUCUCCACUUCAGAUGGGGCAGCCACAGCCUGGCUAUAGCAUCCCCUGUGCCUCGGGCACCCUACCCUCGGAGAGUGCCAGCCAGCCUAUCAGGAGUUCCGCCCUCCCUGCAGGCUCAGCCACUCCCUACAAUACCACAACAGUAUCUAACAUGGCAAACCCUAAAGAGAAGACCCCCAUGUGUUUGGUGAAUGAGUUAGCUCGUUUCAACAAGAUCCAACCUGAGUAUAAGUUGCUGUGUGAACAAGGACCAGCUCACUCUAAGAUCUUCUCAGUCAGACUCACACUGGGAGAUCAGCAUUGGGAGGCAGAGGGGACCAGCAUCAAGAAAGCCCAGCACACCGCUGCUGCAUCUGCCCUUGCUGAGACAACACUUCCCAAGCCCACCGUGAGGAUGCCCCGCAACACAGCAGAUGGAGUUACACACACAAUGGAGCUAAAUGCACUAUGUAUGAAGCUUGGUAAAAAGCCUAUGUAUAAACCCAUCGACCCAUACCCGGGGAUGAGACCACCAAACUUCAACUACAACGUCCGGCCUCCAGGACCCUAUCAGCGCUCUAUGCAACAGUACUACUACCCUUUUCCUCCAGUGGGACCAAUGAUAUACCACAUGGAGCUUUCCAUCGGAGGCCAGCAGUUUAUUGGAAAGGGACGCACACGGCAGUUAGCCAAGCAUGAAGCUGCUGCCAAAGCCCUGAAAGUGCUGCACAAGGAGCCAAUAUUGCAACAGUUGCCAGAGGUGAAUGGAGAGCCAGAGGAGGAGAACCUCAACAAAUCAGAAAUCAGUCAAGUGUUUGAAAUUGCACUUAAACGCAACUUACCUGUCAACUUUGAGGUUUUAAAAGAAGAAGGCCCUCCCCAUAUGAAGAGUUUUGUUGUUUGUGUAACAGUCGGGGAGUUCACUGGUGAGGGCGAAGGAAAGAGUAAAAAGAUUGCCAAGAAGCUGGCAGCAGCAGCAGUGCUGGGGGAGUUAAAGAGGCUGCCCCAUAUACCCAGUGUGGAAAAGACGCUGCCACGCAUAAAAAAGAAAACCAAAUCCAUCAUCAAACUCCAGACCAGUCCAGAAUAUGGACAGGGUAUGAAUCCAAUCAGCCGCCUCGCUCAGAUCCAGCAGGCCAAGAAGGAGAAGGAACCCGAGUACAGCAUGGUGACAGAGAGAGGUCUGCCUCGUCGCAGAGAGUUUGUCAUGCAGGUAACGGUGUGUGGCCAGUCUGCAGAGGGGAUGGGACCCAGUAAAAAAGUGGCCAAGAGGAACGCAGCAGAGAAAAUGUUGGACCUAUUGGGAUAUAAAGGACCUCAGCCUCCGACCCCCAAACCAGCACUCAAGACAGAUGAGAAGACUCCAGUAAAAAAACCUGGUGAUGGGCGCAAAGUGACCUUCUUUGAACCUGGCUCAUCAGAGGAGGUGGUCUUAGGUUCCAAGGAGGAGGACUACCGUCUACCUUACUUGAGCCACCAGCAGCUGCCUGCAGGUAUCCUGCCCAUGGUCCCUGAGGUGGCUCAAGCUGUUGGGGCCUGUCAUGGGUCCCAAGCUAAGGACUACAACCGAGUAAUUCCCAACCCAGGCAAGGCCACAAUCACUGCCAUUAUUGCCAACGAGUUGCUUUAUGCAGGGACCUCCCUGACUGCUGAGACUAUCCUGAAGAACAAAAACAAUCUGAACCAGCUUCCCCUCGGACCCCUUACCAGGCCUUCUGAGCAGCUCGGCUUUCUGGCAUCCGUGCAGUGCCUGCAGGUGGAAUACAAAGAUUUUCCACAAAACAAUAAGAACGAGUUUGUGUCACUGAUUAACUGCUCCGCCCAGCCGCCGCUCAUCAGCCAUGGGAUUGGGAAAGAUGUUGAAUCUUGUCAUGACAUGGCUGCACUGAAUAUAUUAAAGUUGCUCUCAGAGUUGGACCAGCAGUCAAAUGAAAGGACAGGAAAUGGACCAGUCUCUCGGUGUGGCAAGCAGGAAGUGGAAGGUGACUUACACCUCAAACAGGCUAACUCAAGCACAUUGGCACAGACCGUGGAUGGCACUGUUUAGAUGAUCAGGUUUGGUUGUCUGUAAAAGCACUAGAGAAAACUCCGACACUGUGUUCUUAGUCAGCUUUAGAAAGCUGUGGGAAGCUUUGGACGUUGUUGGCUCUAAAACGUCACUGUUCAUAUUCAUUGUACCAAAAUGUUCACAGUUAAACAAGAUUGAUAGGAAACAAUCAUUUAUUUCCCUUGAUGUUGUUUAAUUGUACACGUUAUUUAUUUUGUUGCGUUGUAGAAAAAAGUAGCUGCAUCCUAGUCAAUGAGUUGGGCGUUUACUUAGUGAAAGAAACAAUUAAGCGAUUAACUGUGAACCUUUUUUUUGUUUUUCAUAACUUGUUUUCUCUCUGUUAGACUUUUUUAACUUUUGUCUUUGAUCCCCUGCUGAGGUAGUUCCUAAAAGAUCUUCUCUCUUAAUGGUUUGGACCUUAUCUUUGUCUAGGGUGCAGCUGACGAACCUCUGUUGAUUUUCCUAGAGUGCUUUAUAUCAACAACCGGUGUUAAUGACAUUACCAUGUAGAGCCGAGAAGAAUUUCUGACUAAAUGUAGCGUGUGAUGUAAUGUGACGUUGUCCCUGUCAAGUUUCCCUGAGUACUCCCUCCUCCUCCUCCUCCACUAUGUCAGCAUCCCUUCUCUCUCCGCUCCCCAUGGUAAUUAAACCUCCGUGCUUAUGUGCACAAAACCAA